UCAUCAGAGAAUCAAAAAGGAAGAAAAUCUAGCAAGAGAUCGGUGGAAAGAAUUCCUCUGGGAAUCUCACUCCGGAAGAUUGAACUAGACAUUUUCAAUGCAAAAAAAUACUACCAGAAAUGUACAAAAGGAGCAUGCAGACGACGUCCCUUCAUCUUCGAAAUUUCAAUGGAAGAUUGAAAACAUUUCAAAAUUGAAUGAUGAAAAUCGUUUCUCACCUAUUUUCAAAAUAGGUCCUCAUAAAUGGCGAUUGCUGGCUUUUCGCAGGGGAUGUAAUACAAACGGUUACUUGUCAAUCUACGUGGUUGCUAUUGAAUGCAAGGAAUGGCAAUUUGUGAAAUUCAGUUUGUCCGUUGUUGAUCAAACAAAUAACAAAAACACAUUGAGAAAAGACACAGAAGACAUGUUCCGGUUCACCAAAGAUGAGAGCGACUGGGGUUUUGAUGAGUUCAUACAGUUAAAAGAACUCAAAGACCCUAGCAAUGGGUAUAUCGUGAAUGAUGCUUGUAUUACUGAAGUUGAAUUCUGUUUAGACUCAAUACAAGAUUUUAAAGAGGAGUUGGUGCCUAUGGAACAUAUGGAAUUUGUCGAGGAGCGGGAUUUAGUUACAAUGUCAACACAACAAUGUGAUUCACAUAGGAAGCUAGAUAAGAAAAUCAAUAAACAACUAGCGGAUAAGGUAUCAGUGGCAAAGUUUCAAGAGAAAUCGUUUUGUAUCGAGACCACUGCUAGUACCAGUACCUUACUAGCUAAUACUUCAGUAUGUCUGGAUUACGAUUCAGAUUUUAUUUGUGCAUUUUGCCAAACCUCUACAGUAUCAAAGGGCUCUGGAUCCAUGUUGCAUAUUGCCAAUGGAGAAGAGGUAAAAGAGGAUGAGGUAUCUGCUGGACCGAAUGUCAUACAUGUUCACCGAAAAUGCGUAGAGUUGACGCCUCGAGUAUAUUAUGUUGGUAAAACUGUUAUGAACUUGGAGCUGGAGCUGACAAGAGUUUCGAAGAUCAAAUGUUGUUGUUGUGGGUUAAAGGGUGCAGCUCUUGGCUGUUUUAUGCGUUCUUGCAAGAAUGCUUAUCACGUUCCUUGUGCAUUUGACACUUCAGGUUGCAGGUGGGAUGAUGAAGGUCGUCUAAUGUUAUGUCCCAGCCAUUCUGGUGCGAAGUUUUCACAUGAAAAAACCAAGAAGGGAAAGUUUCUAGUGAAGGACAAUUCUUCAGCCAUUCAAAGCAUGGAUGAAUUGAAUAUGGAUGAAAUGCUAGAUCGGUUGGAUGUAGUUUCAUCAAUGAAUUGUAGUGAACAUGUAUGUCAAGAUGUUACUAAAUCCCCUCGCAAAGUAAGCUUUAGAGGUAGUUUGAAUGAUAUCGAAGAGUAUUACAAUAUUGUAGUGAAAGAUAAUCCGUAAGCAAAACGAUAUUGUGAUAAUUGUGGAUUUUCUUCUGUUUUUGAGUAUGAUUUCGCCAAUGGGGAUAGAGCCUUAGUUGAAGCCAUAGCUGAGAGAUGGUGGUCAAAAACCAAGAGUUUUCACUUUCGGGAGUUUGAAAUUGGCCUCAUUCCUUUAGAUUGGUACAUGUUAACUGGAAUUCCCACUGGUGACCGUAGUAAACAACCAAUACUUAUUCCUCCGUUGGGUAGUCAUCUAACAUAUCCCGCUCUGGAUGAUUUAUAUUUUUCGGAUAUCAAAAUUUAUGGUUCAUGGGACUCUAAGAAAAAUUCAUUAUCCUUAGCAGUCUUGAGAGCGUACAUGGAUAGUAGAAAAGACUGGGAUAAUACUGGGUGUGCACAGACAUUGACACGAGCGUUCUUUAUGUGGUGUUUUGGUCAUUUUCUUCUAGCGCAUUCUACUGGAAAAGUAGAUAAACGUUGGGUCCUGUUAUUGACUGACUUAGAUAGAGUUGGGAAGUAUGAUUGGGGUCUAGCUUCGUUAGGUAAUACCUAUAAAUAUCUCGAAGGUUGGUCAACCAAGGGUACGAAUUUAGCUGGCAUGGCUAUGGUACUUGAGUAUUGGUACUAUUACUACUUCCGCAACAUGCAACCCUUGCUUCGUCAGACACCUGGAGGACAGUAUGAUAUUUUCCCAAAGAUUUGUCUCUUCAAGAAGAUUAGGAUUGCAUCAAGGAAGAGAGGACAUCAAGUAGGACAAAAGGACACUAUGAAACACUCAGUCAAAAGUGCAAGAAUACAGAUUGACACUAGAACAAGUGAAUCAUGUAUUUGGCAACCAUGGCCAGAUAGUGAGUAUUCUGUGGGAGACCAAUAUACUCACGCACUAAAUAUCUCCAAAAAGAGAGUUCUGUUUUUUGACUUUGAAAAACGCACAAGAAUUAGUUGUUACUUGGCAGAGAGAUUCCAGAGGCAGAUUAAAGAUGAGAUGUAGUCCCAACAAAUCCUCCAAAUUUGGAUCAAAUUGAUGACAGAGAUAUUGUAGAGGUCACCGACUAUUAUGCAGUCACUGAGGAUCAAUAUAACACUUGGUGGAAGAAGAAGAGUGUUGGAACUUAUGUCACUGAGUCAUACCAUGCACAGAACGUCGAUGAGAUAGCAUUGGGUAGCUCAGUUGUUCCUCGUCGUUUGUUUCCUAGUCAUCCUCCUCCUGACAUGAUGUCGCAGACAUACACCUAUAACACACAGAAUGAGCCUCCAUCACAAUUGCCGGAGAUAGAUUUCAGUUUACCAUUUUCCGAUGAAGCCGGCGUAGAACGUCACGUACCAGUUCCAAGGGUUCCUUGUCCGUAUAACUUUCAGGAGAUGAAUUUGACAGUGGAUGAUUGCAUUAGGUUUAUGAAAAAACAAUGUUCGUUCCAGCUUGGAGCUCGUCAAGUCGCAUGGGACGAGUCAUACAAAUUGGCUACAACUUCAUGUUCCUCAUCUGGCAGAUCUACAUCUUCUUCAGUACCAUCUAUCCAAUCCCAUCCUCCAAACAAUCCAAAUGAAGCUAAUACAUCACAAGACCUCACAUUAGGUGGUUCAUAUGAAUGGGCUACAUGUCAACAUUUUUACACUCCUAUGGUCGAAGAUGGAGCUACUACAUCACAAUACCAACAACAAGGAAAUGCAUAGUAUCAACAAGGAGGAAAUGAAUUUACCGAUGCGUUGUUGGGGGAAAGCGAGUCUAACAUUGUUUAUGAUACUCAGUUCAGCCAACAACCCCAUAAUUUCUUUUGACCUGAAUUAAACUCUAAGUACUAUUUAUUUAUGGAGUGUUAUACUUUUAAGUACUAUUUAUUUUUAUAGAGUGUUAUAAGUUUUUUUA